CUAGGUAAGCAGUAUCGAAAACUCUUAAUUCCUCUACAUAAUCUACAUUGCAAUUUGAGUGACCUCGCGUUGUGUCUUAUCAUAUCAGUUAUCAGCAGUAGGUUACAGUCGUAGUCUGCAAAAUGACGCCAAUCGCGACGUACGUGUUUAUGGACCUGGAGACCACCGGGAUACCGAAAUUCGAGAAUAACAAGACGAGAAUAACUGAGCUGAGCAUGAUCGCCGUGAAGCGGAGGCACGUGCUGGACACCCGCGCCGGGGCCUCGCCGCGCGUCCAGCACAAGCUGACCCUCUGCCUCAACCCGCGCCGCAUGGUGCACCCUCAGUGCUCGGAGGUCACCGGACUCUGCAACGACCUGCUUGAACACGAAACUACCUUCAACAUGAAGGUCUACACUAUGAUUACCACAUUCCUCGACCUUUUAACUAAGCCUGUAUGUCUAAUCGCUCAAAACGGCCACGGUUUUGACUUCCCCAUACUGAAAAAGCAUUUUGAAGUGCUGAAUGUCAGCUUGCCUGAUGAUGUGUUAUGUGCUGAUUCGUACCAUGCAUUCUAUGAUAUCUUGGAGGGCCGCAAAAAGUGUUUAAAUGAAACCGUUGGUGAGUCAAGCUGUGAUACUACAGAUGAUAGUGCUGCUAAUGCAACUAAAUUACCAUCUACUGCUGUAGAAAGGAUAUUGAUAAAUGAAACUACUCCUAAGGUGUCUACAGUUCAUGGACAACCAGAAAUGCCCAUAGAAGCCAGUUGUGAUGCAACAAAAUUACCAUCUACUGUUGAGGAAAUGAAAUUGAAGAAUGAGACUACCCCUAAACGGUCCACGGUGCAGGAGCAGCCAGGGACCCCUAUGAAAGCCGGUGUGACUGUCAUGAGAGGCAGCAAAACACGAAGAAGGUUUCCAUUUAGCUUAGGUAACAAGCCGAAGGACUCAUACAAAUUAGGGCAUGUUUAUGAAAGACUGCUGAAUCGACCGGCAGCGAACACACACCAUGCUGAAGGUGACUGCGUGCUCAUGAUGGAAUGCUCGGUGGCCAUCGGGAAAGACUUCUGCGAGUGGGUGGAUCAGAACAGUCAGAGUUUCAGUGAAGUGCGCGCCAUGACACCAGGGGUGCCUGUGGGGGAUUAGGAUUAAAAAUAUGUAUAUUUAUGACAAUAUUUUUUACUAAUUUAAUUUUCAAAAUAUUUUUAUCUUGAUCAAUUUUUUCUAUUGUAUAAUUUUUU